GAAUCAAAUCUCUCGUGUGGUGUGUUUUGUCGACUAAAGUUUUGAAUACAUGGAGCAUAAGAAGAUCGGUGCAGAACGUCAAGAUUCGUACGAUGAUCAACAGAAAUGGGUUUUUGAUUCAUCUCUCGAUAGCAGAGGACGUAUUCCUCUUCGAGCUCGAACUGGCGCUUGGAGGGCUGCACUCUUCAUCAUCGCAAUCGAGUUCAGCGAGAGACUGAGUUACUUUGGAUUAGCUACGAACUUGGUUGUCUACCUAACAACAAUUCUCCACCAAGAUCUCAAGACGGCUAUAAGAAAUGUGAACUACUGGUCAGGUGUCACUACUUUAAUGCCACUUCUUGGAGGCUUUGUAGCUGACGCUUAUCUCGGCCGUUACGCUACUAUCUUGGUUGCAACCACCAUUUAUCUUAUGGGUUUGGUUCUCUUAACAAUGUCCUGGUUCAUACCGGGCUUGAAACCUUGUCACAAAGAGAUGUGCGUUGAACCAAGGGAAGCGCACGAAAUAGCCUUCUUCACUGCCAUUUACUUGAUCUCCAUAGGGACUGGAGGUCAUAAGCCUUCCCUUGAGAGCUUUGGUGCUGACCAAUUCGACGAUGAUCAUGUUGAAGAAAGAAAGAUGAAGAUGUCUUUCUUUAACUGGUGGAACGUCAGCCUAUGUGCUGGUAUUCUAACGGCUGUGACGUCUGUUGUCUAUAUCGAAGACCGGGUUGGUUGGGGUGUUGCUGGCAUCAUACUAACUGCAAUCAUGGCUAUAUCACUUCUCAUCUUCCUCUGUGGAAAACCAUUCUAUCGUCACCGGACACCUUCUGGUAGCCCUUUGACCCCAAUGUUACAGGUCUUUGUUGCUGCCAUUGCCAAAAGAAAUCUACCUUAUCCUUCUGAUCCUUCUCUGCUUCACGAAGUUUCCAAAACAGAGUUUAUAACUGGUCGGCUUCUCUGCCACACAGAGCAUCUUAAAUUUCUUGACAAGGCAGCAAUAAUAGAAGACAACAACCCUCUGGCCUUAGAGAAACAGAGUCCAUGGAGACUCGUAACGUUGACAAAAGUAGAAGAAACGAAGCUGAUCAUCAACGUGAUUCCCAUAUGGCUCUCUACGCUGGCCUUUGGCAUCUGUGCGACACAAACUUCGACCUUCUUCAUUAAACAAGCAGUCACCAUGGACAGACACAUCGCUGGCUUCACACUUCCUCCAGCUUCCAUGUUCUCUCUCACCGCACUCACACUGAUCAUCUCAAUCACCAUCUACGAGAAACUCCUCAUUCCCUUGCUAAGACGCAUCACACGUAAUCAAAGAGGCAUCAACAUUCUCCAAAGAAUCGGGACCGGUAUGCUUUUCUCCCUCAUCACCAUGAUCAUUGCAGCUCUAGUUGAGAAACAACGAUUGAACCGUACCAUUAACAACAAGCCGGCCAUGAGUGUGAUAUGGCUAGCUCCUCAGUUCAUAAUCAUCGGCAUUGCGGAUGCCUUCACACUCGUUGGACUCCAAGAGUACUUCUACGAACAAGUCCCUGAUUCCAUGAGAAGCUUAGGUAUAGCGUUUUACCUAAGUGUGAUAGGCGCGGCUAGCUUCUUAAACAAUCUCCUGAUCACAGCCGUUGAUACUCUCGCCGAGGAUUUCUCGGGAAAGAGUUGGUUCGGAAAGGACCUGAACAGCAGCCGCUUGGACCGGUUCUACUGGUUUCUCGCCGGUGUAACCGCUGCCAAUAUAUGUGUCUUUAUGGUUGUAGCAAAGAGAUGCCCUUACAAAAGUGUGCAGCCAACAAGCCAAGGUUCUACUGAUUCGUCCGUCUCAGUCGCCUAAAUCAAUAAGACAUGCAAUACAAAAGUAUAUGUCAUUAAGUUUUGACAUUAAAACAAAAAUUAAAGAAUGUCGCAUUUAAGUUAAAGUUAAUA